AUGGGGAUUGUGCCAGCACUCCAGGGCGCGCGGCGCGCGGGCGCGGCCGCGCUGCGUCAGAAAGAUGUCCACCGCCACGCACGCGCGCGGCUGACGGCCCAGCCGAGCUCCUCGCGCCGCGCGGGGCGCUCCGCUGUCUCUGUCACUGCAACCGCGGCCGACGGCAUCGGCGUCGACUCCAAGUCCGCGGUCAACGACACCAAGUACGUCGACAGCGAGGGCAAGGAGGUCAAGCCCCCGCCGAAGGAGGCGCUCGUCGAGAUCGACCGCGUGGACGUCCUGCAGGUCGUGAAGGGCGUGACCAUGUUGCGCUGCGUGUGCAAGAAGCGCUUGAAGCCCGAGAUCGAGUACGGCCUCAACCGCGGCUCGUGCGACAACACCUACGUCGUCCACGGCACCAAGCGCGUCGUCCUGGUCGACGCGCCCGACGAGGCGUACUGCGCGCAGUGGAUGGCGGCGCUCCCCGGCGCUGUGCGCGGCGGCUCGCUCGCGGCGGUCACGGACCUGAUCGUCACGCACAUCUCGCCGUUCCGCGUCCCGUCGCUGAAGGCGUUCCUCCGGGCCCACCGCGACGCGGGCGGCAAGCCGCUUCGCGUGUACCUGUCCAACCCCGCAGAGCAGAUCCUCAAGGCGGCGCUCGCGGCGGAGGGGGACCUCGCGUCGCACGUGAGCACGGAGCGCGUCCGCGGGCAGACGCAGGCCGGCGUGGACAACCGCGUGGACAUCGGCGGGUCGUCGCUCGACCUGACGCACGUGCCCACACCCCGCUGGCCCGACCUCGUGAGCGUGUACCAGGGCAGCACGAAGAUCCUCUUCUCCUCGAAGCUCUUCUCGUGCCACGCCGCGCCGGCGCCGGGCUCCGAGGCGACCGACCCCCCGCCGUCGGGCGGCUGGGACAAGUACGGCCCGCUGUGGCGACACUAUUUCGAGUGCAUGCUCGCGCCCGUGGCGCGCCAGGCGCUCUCGGCGCGCGAGAAGCUCGCAAUCGUGCCCGCGGGCGCCGGCGGCUCGGACCUGUGGCGCGGGACGAAGUCCGCGCUGAUGCGCUGGACGGGGCUGUCGUCGUCGGACGUGGCGGCCGAGGAGCGGCCCGCGGCGCUGCUGUGCCCGCUGCACGGGCCCGCGGUGUGCUCGUCGGUGGCCGAGCUGCUGUCGAGCUACGACGCGUGGCUGCAGGAGCAGCUCGAGGCGGCGGACAAGUGCACCGUCGCGGUGCUGUACGCGUCGGCGUACGGCAACACCACGGCGAUCGCGCAGGCGAUCUCGCGCGGGAUCACCAAGGCGGGCGUCGGCGUCGAGAUGGUGAACCUCGAGUCGGCCACGGCGGACGAGGUCGCGGAGGCCGUGCGCCGUUCCAGCGGGUUUGCCAUUGGAUCGCCCACGCUGGGCGGGCACAUGCCCACGCAGGUGCAGGCCGCGCUCGGGACGCUCCUGCAGCAGCCCAACGCCGGGACACUGCCUGCCGGCGUGUUCGGGUCGUUCGGGUGGAGCGGGGAGGCCGUUGACGAGAUGUAUGGGAAGCUGAAGGACGCAGGCUACACCUUUGCCUUCGACCCCGUGCGCAUCAAGUUCAAGCCCGACCCGACGAAGCUGCAAGUCUGCGAGGAGUGCGGCACGGACCUGGCGCAGGAGGUCCGCAAGCGGCAGCGUCGGAAGGAGCAGAAGGUGGCAGGCAUGGCGCCGGCCACCGCGAACGCCAACGCGCUUACGCUCGCGAUGGGCCGCAUCGUCGGCGCGUUGUGCGUGGUGACGGCCCGCUCGCAAGACGACGGCGGCGAGGGCAAGGAGACAGCCAUGCUCGCCUCGUGGGUCAGUCAGGCGUCUUUCGACCCCCCCGGCAUCACGGUCGCCGUCAAGAAGGACCGCGCGAUCGAGCCCCUCCUGACGACGGGCGCGCCCUUCUCGCUGUCGAUCCUCGCCGAGGGCAAGGAGAAGCAGGCGAUGCGGCACCUGACCAAGCCGUUCAAGGCCGGCGAGGACCGGCUGUCGGCGCUGGCGACCAAGCAGUCGGAGAUGACCAAGUGCUCGAUCCUGGCGGACGCUGCGUCGUACGUGGACGCGCGGGUCGAGUCGCGGAUGGACGCCGGGGACCACUGGGUGGUGUACGCGAUGGUCACGGACGGCAAGGUGCUGAGUGACUCGGCGCUGACGGCCGUGCACCACCGCAAGGUCGGGUCGCACUACUAG